AUGAAUGCCCCUCCAGCGUUCGGGUACCCGCCCGGCGUGUCGCUGGCACCGACAGACCAGGUCUCACCGACAGCUGCCAAUUUUGGCUCCAACAAUCCCUUUCGAAACCGCGCCCUGUCUCCAUCUGCCGGUUCUACCAGCUCGCGCCCGGAGCGUCCUAGAUCGACAAACCCAUUUCUCGACGACACCGAAGCGCUCUCACCGCAAUCGGCUCCUGGCAUUUCGAGCGGACCCAGCAUGUUCUCCCCGACCGAGAAGCCGGACGUCACUAACAAUACCCGCGACCUCUUCGAAAACCUUUCCCUCGGCUCCAAGCCCGCCACUCCUGCCACACGAGGCAUUCGACCUCCUACCGAUAGCGCCUCCCGUGAUGCCGCCCGCGGGUCGUCCAGUCGCCCGCGUCCUCCGAGAGAGCGUCCCUCAGGGCGCCCCGAAGAGUCGCGAUCAAAGGACCCGAAGGAUCCUUUCGAUAUUUUCGCCGAUCCCCCUUCCCUAUCCAAGGCUGCCACUUCAGGUCCCCCCAAAAGCAGCUCUCGCAGACCCCGCCGCAACUCCGAGUCCUCUGUGAUGGAGCGGGCGUCCAAGGUCUUCGACGAUGACGACGAGCGCCGCCGGAGGGAGCGCCGCCACCGCGAGCGCGAACGCCAACGUGAUGGCAAGUCCCGUUCCUCUCGCAAGGAUCGCCGACUGGACAUCAUCGAUAAACUGGAUGUGACCAGCAUUUACGGAACCGGAAUGUUCCACCACGACGGUCCUUUCGAUGCCUGCAACCCCCACCGGAACCGAAAAGGCUCCCGUGUCGCGCCCAUGCAAGCAUUUCCCAAAAACUCCACGAAUAUGGCACUGGGCGGCUCGGGCCCGAACAACUCCAAUAUCGAUCUGAACCUCUUCCACGGUAGAAUGGAAGAAGGCUACAACGAUUUCGCCUCCUCUGGCCAACAACGCAGUGGCACUGAGACCGUGAGCUUCGACCCCAGAUCUCUCGUGGAUCCCAUUCACGGAUCCGAGACCGCUGGUCUCGGCACAAGCACAUUCCUCGACGGUGCGCCCGCGAGUCGUUCAGCAAUGGCCCGUCGCCAGAGCGAGAAUGAUCAAGGCCUUGCACCAGGCGGCGGUCUCGGACGGAAGAAGAGUCUGGCUCAGCGGUUACGGGGAAAGAGCGGUACUGGUCGAAUGAUGUCUCCCACAGAGCCAAGCUUCCCUGCGCCAGCCGCGCCCAUGGGCUCAAGCCAUUCCGCUUCGUCCCGCAACAACGAGCCGAACCCUUACUUCCAAGAUUACGACGAGGAAUAUGACAAGAAGGCGGCGCGUAUUCAGGAAUCGCGCCUGGAGGGUGGAGGCGGUCGUCUUCGCUCUUCCAGUAGCCCCAAGCAGGCAACUGGCUUGGAACGCAAAUCCACCAACGAUCGUGGUUUGGACGAGAACAAGCUCAACCCGGGCGGUGGCGGAUUUCUCAACCGGAUGAAGAGCUUGCGCAAGCCGCGAGUUGAGCGUCGCACCAGUGAUUAA